GACGGCGCUUAAAAAGCUACCAGCUUCGCACCUAUAACGUCAGGUCACUCACUCUCGCUUUCAGCCAUUUGACUCCACCAUCCAUGUCUGGCACAAAUACCGCUGCGGGCGCUGCGGCGCAUUCGCAAAAGGCGAUCUCGGUCCUCUUCGUCUGCUUGGGGAACAUCUGCCGCUCUACCAUGGCAGAAGGCGUCUUCCGGUCUAUCGUCAGAGACGAGACCUCGCCGUACUACCACCUCAUCGACAAGGUGGAUUCCUGCGGGACGGGCGGAUACCAUGUCGGUGAUGAACCUGAUUCUCGGACGCUGUCAACCCUCGAGGACCACGGCAUCACGGAUUACGUCCAUGCGGCACGCAAGCUCCGAGACAGCGACUUCCGAGACUUUGACUACAUAUUCGCGAUGGACAACAGCAACCUCGCCGAUGCCCAGCGGUGGAGGGAUCGGAGUAGGAAGGCAUCGUCCUCACACGCGCGCAUCAUGCUCUUUGGCGAGUUCUCCGGCACAGGCCGCAAAGAGGUGGUGCAAGAUCCAUAUUACGUCGGCCGCGACGCCUUCGAGAAAGCUUUCGAGCAGUGCAAACGGUUCUCGACCAAUUUCCUAGAGCACGCGUUUCCCAACGUCGGAAAGACAGCACGUUGAGUUUUAAACAUUCGAUCAUACCCGGAAAUUUCCCUCAUCUAGACAAUAGAGCGAUUAUAGAGGGUUAUAGAGACAAAGUGGGGUCUAA